AGCAUUUCCCACACGGCCGCGGGAUGGCAGGCUCGUCGGUGCAUCGGCACGGCCGGCUGCUGUGUCGCGGCGCGCCGCUGUCGUUUCUCGAUGGCGAGUGGGUGCGCCAGGACUCCGACGUCAAGUCGUCCCCACGCUAUGCGCACAGCGACGACCCCAAGCUCCACCUCACCUCCGACGGCGCCGCCUGGCGGGUCACGCGCGGGGCGGGGUCGGGUGAGGUGAUCGCCGAGGCGGCCUCGACCGCGCUCCACCCAGGGACGGUGGAGGUCGGGUCGUGGAAGGUCUUCGACCGCGGCAAGGAGCUGCCAAAGUCCGCCGAGCUCGAGAUGCUCUGCGACGGCCCAAACACCGAGGAGCAGCCCUUCCUGAUGGAGGAGCUCGGCCGCGACUUCUUCCUGCGGGUGCACCUCACGCGCAAGGUGGUCUGGUUCGUCUGCCCCGCCACGGGCGACAUCUACCACUCGGCCGCCAAGCCCGGCGGCGAGGGCGGCCGCUCCAAGCCCGGCAAGCGCUACUGCCACCUCUGCAACAAGUGCUUCUCCGCCAACAACUUCCAGUCGCAGCACCUCGUCAACCUCCACCCCGAGCUGGUCGCCAAGAAGCCGCCAAAGGAGAAGAAGGAGAAGAAGCUCGCCGGGCUCGAGAAGAACAUGCCCUCGCCCGCCGACCCAGAGAGAGUCAAGACGCUGAUCCACGCGCUGCUCUGCCCGUCGGACGGCCCGUCCGAUAGGCCCGACUACACCGCCGAGGUCGCCGCUCUCCAGGGCCUGAUCAAGCGGAUGGAGGCGCACGCGGCAGAGUGCCAGAUCGGCGCAAACGUGCCCGGCAGCAAGAAGAAGAGCUGCGCGCAGUGCACCCGCUGGCGGCAGCUGCAGAAGCUGCGCGACCGCUUCACGCGGCAGCUGCUGCAGCACGGGCCCGGCCGACCAAAGCAGCCGGAAGGGGAGGCCUCCUCCUCCUCCUCGCCGCCAAAGCUGCUCAAGCGGCAGGUGACGAUGCUGCUCGAGUCGGCGGAGAAUGCCGCCGACCUGGACCUCUCCCGCCUGCCGAUGCUCGUCGACAAGGAGCUCUCGGCGCAGUCGCGCCGCCAGCAGGCC